AUGGCAAGUAGGACGAGGGCAGGUUCCCUUGGGUCGAUCGAGUCCAAGCACGGCUUGGUCGGGUCCGUUUCGAGGUGGUGGACGAGAUCAUACACCUCGGACUGGGUCGCUUUCUCCCUCCUCCUCGUCGGAUACAUCUACAUCGCCGCUUUCGUCGAGCCUUUUCACCGAUUAUUCACCAUCAAUGAUAUCCGGAUUUCGUUUCCUCAUGCUGAGGUGGAGCGGGUGCCUCUCGCCCACCUCUUCGGCUACGUCCUCUUCCUCCCUCUGGCCCUCCUCACCCUAACCAACUACCUCCUCUCCUCCCCGCGGCACAUCCACCACCUCACCACUUUAGGUUUCCUAACCUCCAUAAUCCUCACCACCUUCCUCACGGACCUCAUCAAAAACAUGGUCGGCCGCCCUCGUCCCGACCUGAUCGACCGGUGCCAACCCGACCCUUCCACCCCUCCAAACAAACUCGUCAGUGUCGAGGUAUGCACGCAGACAGACCACCACACCCUGCACGACGGCUGGCGCAGUUUUCCCAGUGGGCACAGUAGUUUUGCGUUUUCCGGGUUAGGGUACCUGGCGCUUUUCUGGUGUGGGCAGUUCAGAGUGUUUGCGAGCAGUUCUCCUCUGUCUUCUUCUCCUGGAAUCAUGGAGGGCAUGGAAAAAGUGCUGGUCCGUCGGGAUCUACUCAAGGCGUUACUUUGCCUCAGUCCGUUGCUGGGGGCGUUGAUGAUCGCCAUUAGCAGGUGCAUGGAUUACCGACAUGAUGUGGAGGAUGUCUGUGUGGGCGCGGUGAUGGGGUGGGUGAUUACGUAUUGGAGUUAUAGGCGGUAUUGGCCGAGGUUGAGCAGCGUGAGGUGUGAGGAGCCCUAUUCGGGGAUGACGGGGGAGCGGGACGGGGACGGGGUCCAGAGUAGUGGGAGGUAUGGGAGGGUGAGGGAUGAGGAGGAGGGGGUCAUCGGAGGAGGGUUUCAGCGAAAUGUAGGAACGUUUGAUUUGACUGCCCCGGUGGAGUUGGGACCUUUGGAGAGCCCUCGAUGA